ACGUUUGACGCGCAAGAGCUGCGCGUGUGCGCGUGUGUGCAGAGUAUUUGCACAUCUUCUGUCGCGAACUACGGAUAUACAUACAGUAUCAUUAGUUUUUUUUCCGAUUCUAUUCAACGUGCGCAAUAAUUUUGAUGAGCGAAUCGCGCUUUAAUUGCAAUUUGAUCCUGACGUGAAUUACGCGGCACCUUACCUACGCACGGAACACUGGGACCCGCUAAUGGAGCUUCAUCACAGUAUUUAAAAGUCUUUUGAUUAGAUUUUUUGGGGGAGCGUCAUUAACGAUGGACGCCGGAUUAGCACCGAGCCGCGACCAAACAUGAGACUACUAUCUCCGGACUCUACGAUGGGCAGGAGGACGCUGCGUGGAAACUCCAAAGUCAAAGUGUACAUGCUCAUUUGGCUGCUGCUCGUCUGCACGCCAAGAGUGGAUUCCUCCUGGUGGUACAUCGGCACGCUGGGUGCUCGGGUGAUUUGCGGCAACAUCUCGGGCCUGGUCAACAAGCAACGGCAGCUGUGCCAGCGCCACCCAGACCUGAUGCAGUCCAUCGGCGAAGGUGCCAAGGAGUGGAUCAAGGAAUGCCAGCACCAGUUCCGCCACCAGCGCUGGAACUGUAGCACAAUGGAGCACGAUCACACCGUGUUUGGCAGGGUGAUGCUGCGAAGCAGCAGAGAAGCAGCCUUUGUGUACGCCAUCUCGUCAGCAGGGGUGGUCUACGCCAUCACCCGUGCAUGCAGUCAGGGCGACGUCAAGAACUGCAACUGCGACGGGCACAAGCGCGGUCAAGGUAGCGACCACCGGGGCAACUUUGACUGGGGGGGAUGCAGUGACAACAUCAACUAUGGCAUCAAAUUCGCCAAGGCCUUUGUGGACGCCCCAGAGAGGAUGGUGAAGGAUGCCAGGGCACUCAUGACCCUGCAUAACAAUCGCUGCGGAAGAAUGGCCGUCAAGCGCUUCAUGAAGCUGCAGUGCAAAUGUCACGGUGUCAGUGGCUCCUGCUCCCUGAGGACCUGCUGGCUGGCUAUGUCCGAUUUCAGGCGGACGGGCGACUACCUCCGCAAGAAAUACGACACGGCCGUGGAGGUGACAAUGAACCAGGAUGGCACAGGCUUCAUGGAAACUGACUUCAAAGGGAGUGCCAAGAAUGAGUUGGUGUAUGUGGAGAACUCGCCGGACUACUGCCUCAUGGACCGAGCGGCAGGUUCCCUGGGUACGGCGGGUCGCGUUUGCAACAAGUCAUCGCGGGGAACCGACGGCUGCGAGGUGAUGUGCUGCGGCCGAGGCUACGACACCAUGCGCGUCAAACGCCUCACCCAGUGCGAGUGCAAGUUCCAAUGGUGCUGCACAGUCCAGUGCAACGACUGCGAGGACACGGUGGACGUUCACACCUGCAAGCCCCACAAGCAACCCGAUUGACUUGACCUCACCUAAGGUCAUCCCGCCGUGGUUUUUAUUGCGGGAUUUUUCACAAGAAACAUUUGGCCAAGGAUCUUUAAUGACUGAUGCUAAAACUGGAAAAUAUGUCCAGUAGUGGAUUGUAAGCAGCUUCAACGUCUUUGAUCAUUUGUGGCAAUUUUGAAAUAUUUGUUGAAAAUUGUAUUAUACAUACGCAAGCAGACAGUGCAGUCAACCCCCAGAUUAAGAUUUUUUUUUUUCAAAGAAGAUAAUCAAAAAUACAGUCUAGGUUAAAUGAUAACAAACUUUCGUUCUAAGUGUAUCUAAACAUUUGAAUGAUAGCGCACAGUAUAUCUGAAACUAGCAUCUUACGUUGAGUAGCUAGCAGUUAGCAUCUGAUCAGAUGGUAAAUUCCACCACCGCCAAUAACGAUCUGUAACGUUCUCUUCUCGUGUCAACCCUGCAAGGAGCCUCCCUUGCCUGUAGGAAAUCUACUGGAAUCUUCCACCCCGCUGCUGAUCAGUCACAAAAAUGUGUUUGUCAGCGAAUAGUUGUUCUCUAAAAAACAAUUGCAAACAUCGAGCUGAGUGAUAAUAGCCCUAAUGUUUAGCAAAUCCUUCUUAUUCUAGGUAAACAUCAACAGACUCCAUUUAAUAAGCAAUAGAGCUUCUGGAAAUGGCUGCAAUUGUAUCUCCAACAAGUGAGGACUUCUUGGCGAAAAUCCCCAGGGGAGAGAGCGAAAAAAAGCACCGUCUUGUGUUGAUGUUGGACACUUGUUGUUUUUGCACAUUCACUUCUGCCGCCUCAUUGAAAACCUUGUUCGUUUCUACCUCUGGUCCCUCGUCUUUGUUUCCAUCUUUGCUUGUUUUCAUUUGCACACGCACAACCUCAAGCCUCAUUUUUUUUUUUUUUUUUUUGCUCUCGCUCCAUGCUUGGAUGUUUUCGUUGUGGUCACAAAGUAAAUUUCCAAAUAUUCCGAGUAUUUCGGUUAAGAAAAACUGCAAAACCUUGGCAGGCUAUGUGUUGGACUCGCAAUUUCUGCGUUGCAGUGAGAAAAAUCAAUGACUUUUGUAAGUAGUGGGGAGAGAAUGGUUGGUAUACCGGUGUGAAAGAAACCCACAACCAUCACGGAAAUAGCUUGAAAUGGACAAAACUUAAAUCUGACAAACCACAGAGCUGUGAGUAUGCCAUUCAGAUGAUAAUGAGCCAAAAACUGGAGCUUCUUUGGCAAUUUGCUUACGUUCUGGAUCUGAGUUGCAGAGUACAAUGAAAUCUCAAGAUACCAAAGCAUUCUGGAGCAAAACUGUACAGUCCAGUGUCAACCUGGACAAUUAAAUGAAUGUACAUUU